AGGUGUUUGAGGAAAAACAAUUCUCUCUUCUCUUCCCUCAGGUAAAACGGAGAGAGGAUCCUACUCCUAUGGAAGAGACUCCAACUUACACGGGUGUCAUCAGCCGAGUCUCCUGGGAGGAGAAAUGGGCAUGGGCAGCCCUGGGGCUGUGUCGCCCACCAAGCCUGGGUCCCAGUAUUACCAGCACUACAACAACAACCCUCGCCGGAGACCACUGCACAGCGACAACAUGGAGGUUCAGACAAAGAAAGUUCGGAAAGUUCCCCCCGGUUUGCCUUCCUCAGUAUAUGCCCCAUCUGCCAGCACGGCUGACUACAACAGGGACUCACCGGUGUACCCCUCCUCCAAACCCCCCAGUGGAGGGUUCCCCAGUUCCUUCUUUAUGUCAGACGGUCACCACAGUGCCGACCCAUGGAGCUCAUCCAGCGGUAUGAACCAGCCUGGUUACAGCGGCAUGCUGGGUAACUCCUCCCACGGACCCCAGAGCAGCAGCUACUGUGGCACCCACCCUCACGACCGGCUGAGCUACCCGUCACACUCCUCGGCAGACAUCAACCCCAGUCUUCCUCCCAUGUCCAGUUUCCAUCGUAGCAGUGCCUCCAAUCAGUACAGUACAGCCUCCUGCACUGCCACCACCAACGGCGCAGACAGCGUCAUGGGUAAGACCUGGGGACAAGGACACAGGGCUGCGGAAGACAGGACAGAAGACAGAACAGAUCACAGGGCUGAUUACAGUGCUAACCGGGCGCAGAGCGGGGCACCGACCAGCUCUCAGACGGGAGACGCCCUGGGGAAGGCUCUCGCUUCGAUCUACUCUCCAGACCACACGAACAACAGUUUCUCGUCCAACCCGUCGACCCCUGUCGGCUCUCCCCCCUCACUCACAGCUGCUAGUUCUGCUAUGUGGUCCAGGAACGGAGGACAAGGUCCUUCCUCCCCCAACUAUGAGGCUCCUCUACACUCUCUGGUAAGACUACAUAAGAUCUUCAUAAGACAUUCCACUCAUGGCUCGAACCACCCAGCCAAUCAGCACUCAUGGCUCGAACCACCCAGCCAAUCAGCACUCAUGGCUCGAACCACCCAGCCAAUCAGCACUCAUGGCUCGAACCACCCAGCCAAUCAGCACUCAUGGCUCGAACCACCCAGCCAAUCAGCACUCAUGGCUCGAACCACCCAGCCAAUCAGCACUCAUGGUGUUCCCCCUCUCUCUCUGAUUCCCGUUGUAUCCCUCCUGAAGUUAAGGUGUUCCCCCUCUCGCUCUGAUUCCCUGCAGGUGGGCUCUCACAGGGAGGAUGGCAGCGUGGGCAUGCGUGGCAGCCAUCCCAUCGGACCCAACCAAGUGCCAGUCCCCCAGCUGCCCCAGCAGUCUGCCACGUCACCAGAUCUCAACCAGACUGAUACAUACCGGGCUCUCUCCAGUGGUCUCCAGGGCCAGAGUGCCUCGUCUGUCUCGUCAGAAAUCAAGUCAGAGGAUGAGGGGGAUGAGAACCUACAGGAUGCCAGAUCUAUGGAGACCAAGAAGGAGGAGCCUGACAACAAGGACCUGAAGUCUAUUGAUAGUAACGCGGAUGACGAGGACUUGUCUCCGGAGCAGAAGAUCGAACGCGAGAAGGAACGCAGGAUGGCCAACAACGCCCGGGAGCGGCUUCGUGUCCGGGACAUCAACGAGGCUUUCAAGGAGCUGGGGCGUAUGGUGCAGCUGCACCUGAAGAGUGACAAGCCACAGACCAAACUGCUCAUACUGCAUCAGGCCGUGGCCGUCAUACUGAGUCUGGAGCAGCAAGUCAGAGAGAGGAACCUGAACCCUAAGGCAGCGUGUCUGAAGAGACGUGAGGAGGAGAAGGGCUCGUCGGACGGCGGAGCGGCUCUCUCCCUGGCCGGGCCGCACCACGCCAUGGGGGACGCCUCCAACCCAAUGGGACAAAUGUCCAAGCUCCCGGAGUUCAUCAAGAUGAUGAGUGACCACUUCCUUUGACAACAUUCUCCUAUUUCCUGAACCAAUCAAUCAACCGAUCAC